AUGUUGAGCCUCAUCCAGGAUACCCCGGAGUGGGUGAAUGAACUAGUCAUAAACAAAGAAGGAACUAAAAUUACUGUCUGUAGUUUCUAUGCACAUACACUGGCAUCAGAAGCAUCCAUAGAGGACCUGAUGAUGCAAGCACAGAAGAUCAAGCACGACAUCAUUGGUCUGACCGAAAUGAGUAGGCAUCAAUCAUAUCACGCCAUUUUCGACACUGGAGAAGAACUGUUCCUUGGAACAUGCAACAACAGAGGCGUUGGUGGCGUCAGUGUCCUUGUCAACAUGAACUUGGCCAUGAGCAUCGAUUCAUUCGAAUGCCUAACAACCCAAAUCGGACGAUUACACUUGAAUAGAUGUGGCUCACUGCCUGCAGUUUCUAUCUUAAUUGUCUAUGCACCAACAUCCAACUACAAUGAAAAAGAAAUUAAGAAGUUCUAUAUGGAGCUGGAGAAGUUCUAUAAAGAAGACCACACCUUCUACAAGAUCAUUGUCAGUGAUUUUAAUUCCAAGAUAGGACAGAUAAGGUCUCCUGAAGAACUCCACAUCGGGACCCAUGGCCUAGAAUGGAAAAAACUGGGGAAAGGAAACCAGAAUGACUUGGUGCCAGAACUGCGCAGGAGGAAGAGAGCAGCGUGAAAUGCAUUCAAGAGCAUCGAAGAGGUAGUUAAGAAAACAAAGAAACUCCGACUCCGGGCACAUCUUUUCGAUUCCACCAUUCUUCCUGCGCUAACAUAUGCCUCAGAGACCUGGUCCCUAUGCAAACAGGAUGAGAAUGCUAUUCGGGUAUCCCAAAAAGGAAUCGAAAGAGCUAUGCUGGGAAUAUCAUGUUUCACUCAAGUGAGAGAAGGAAUCCGGAGUUCUGACCUCCAUCAACGGUCAAAAAUCAGGGAUGCUGUCUCGUUUGCCAAGGCAUCAAAAAUCAGAUGGGCCGGUCAUGUAAUGCGAUUCAGAGACGACCGCUGGACUAGAGCUGUUACUGACUGGAUUCCACGGGACGUCAGAAGACCUCUUGGCCGCCCACCAACUAGAUGGCCAGAUUUCUUCGUCAAAUCCCUGAAUGAACGAUUUGAGGCUCUUUCUGUUCCUGGAGCAAGCAGAUAUCAUUGGGCUGCACUAGCACGCGACAGGGACAAAUGGAGACGUUACUGGCGCCCGCUUAAGCAAAUCGAAGAUCAACAGGACUACAAGUGA